AUGUAUAAGCCGGCUCCAUCUAUUCGGCUUAGGCUAAAAACGGUUACAUCAUCGACUUUUAUUGAGAAGAAGAUGAACAAUUGGAAGAGGGAAAGAUUGUCUGUUAUGAUGUUGAUACGCUAUCGUCUCUCUCUUCUUCUACAUCUGGUACGACCAUACCACAACAUCCAAUCGAACAUUAUUGGACCCCCUCUACUAAGUCCAAGCAAGUCACUUGGGGUAGUUCCAUGCACCCUAUCUACACUUUCUCCUCUCUUGAAGACUUUUGGAGGCAUAACUAAACCUUCAAAGAAACCGUUGAGCAAGAAAUCGGAGGAUAGGUUUAACACAUUUCAAAAACCAUCUAAAAAGCAUUUUAAACCGCUUCAAGAAUCAAAUGGCGCCAUGUUGGAAGAUGUUCAACCAAUUCAUCUUCAAAACGAUGAUUUUGUGUUUAGGUUACAGGAGAUCACUCAACAUACUCAGGAUUUUUCUUGGUCACUGACUUCUUUGGAGAGGAAUUCAUUGAUUGUGGAACUAUGUAGGGCGCUACAAGAAAAACGGUUACUUAGCGGUUUCAUGUAAUGGGGGACUCAAUCAAAUGUAUUAUGCUGUGAGUAUAUUCUCUGCAUAGCUUUGAACUCCCACAAUAUCAAAUACUCGAAUCAUUAUGUUGACAAUUUCUUCACGAAAGUGUUAACUAAUUAUGAAAAAAAAAUAGAAAUUAGGGAUUGUUGAUGUUGGUUAACACAACAAAAAGAGCGUGUAAUCUAUAUACUUUUGUACUUCAAUUUUUAUGACAAAUUCAUAAAUGAUAUUUUUU